CGCUUGAAAAAGCUUCAAAUUUUCCACCAUUCCGUUUUGUUUGUCUGAGUGUGUCUGAGUUAUGACAUCACUCGAACGCUUUGCUAUUCGUUCAAAACUGACUUUCCAUCUUUUCUAAUUUUAAAUAUCACGUUGUCACCAUAACAACAUACACAGUUUUAAUAGACCAGCCGCUUCAUGAUAAUUGGUUUUUACCGGACUGUUUAUAGAAAAAUAAAUAAGCAAUAAAUUGUCAGACCAAUAUGUGAAUGGAAGUAGGCUGUAUUUAGUUCCAGCUACUUCUUAUUGUCUGUGAAUAAUACUGUUUUCCAUGGUAAUUUACAGAAGUCCUUAGGUUUUGUGCCACAAUCAACACAUCUAAAUGCAAUCAUUGACUUCUUCUUCAAUCGGAUUGGCUGAGAAAUUUCAAAACAAAUGGUCAUCCAAUGCAUUGACAGUGCUUCCUCCGUUGGUAUAAUUGUCUUAUAAGGCGACAAAAUCGGUAAUUCAGCGGCUAGGAGACUUGUAACUACGAGCGAAGUUCUCUACACCAAGUAUUCUUAAAAGCCGAGUGUCCCUCUGUAGGAUGAAUAACAUCACCACAUAUGGAGACGGAAUGAAGAUGAGGAGAUUCGAGUCGAUCGCUUUGAUUUUUAACGGAUGUUUUUCGCUUUUACUUUCAGUGACAAUCUGCCUAGUGAAUAUUGUUUUAAUCGCGGCGAUCGCCAAGUUUCCUCUUCGCCCAGAGAGACCGAUUGAUAAAAUACAUAAUGCUUUCUUCUACACUAACCUUAUGGCCAGCAUCAUGUUUCUGCCCUAUUUUGGAGUGGCUGAGAUCUUACAUGGCUUAGAAAUCACUUCAAGAACCAUCCGCUUCCCAAGCUACUUGUCUACAACAUUUUUUGUCUUCGCUCAAGCCAACGUACAAGUGUCUCUAGUCAUUUCGAUCGAGCGAUGUACAGCCUUCGUUUCACCGUAUCUUCACCGUCGAUUGACGACAAGGAAAAAAAUUGUGAUCACAGUAUUUUUAAUGGAGUCAUUUUUACUGCUUUCUGUGUGUUUAUCGUUUACUGGGAUAAACGAACAGGUCUUCUACACAAUUUACAUCCAUGUGUUCUUUUCAUUUCCGAUGUCGUUACCAAUUAUCACAACGGGAUUCACUUAUUGGAAAAUAAAAACUAGAAACAGAAUUACCAGUAAUGAGAUUCCUCAGUCAGUGGAAAAGUUAGAACGUCACAGGAAGCAUUCCUCACGAACGGCGAGAAAAUAUCUCACUGUUGUUUCUUUAUUUUUGGGUCCGUUGAUUUUAAGCAUUUUACCUUGGUAUGUUGUGAAAGUCGGUGAACUGACAGACCGGAACGCCAUUUUAGCAAACGAUGUGGGAUUCUUCUGGCAACGCCUGUCAAUAUCACUUGUGUUUCUACCAGAUGCUCUUGGGCCAAUAACUCUCACGAUUCGCUUUGAAGCGUACUAUAACUCAGUGAGGCGCUUUUUUCGAAGAUAAGCAUUUAAUUAUUGUUCCGCCAUUAAUCGUCUUUGCAAAUGGCUGAGACUGUAAAUCGCUUUGAAGCGACAAUUCCGGUUACAAACAUUUCGGUGAAAAAAAUAAAAACAAAUUGAGGCUGUCUUCUCUGAGAGAGAACCUCUGAAUGAGGUUUUUUUUGGCCGUCAAAAAGGCACGAAUACGAGUCAUUUUAACGACAAUUUGGAUUUGGGAAAUUUAAUUGCAAAUACUUCCUUGAAAGUCAGACUGUUCAGCCCAACUACUGGGAAAACAGUAUAAUUAUAUCUGGUGGAAAAGGUCUAAUUGUGAGCCCAUUGUGAAUGGCAUUUGUCAGUAAAAUUCCAAUUCUCAGUUUUGUCACUAAAAUAUGGGAAAUUUGAUGUUGCAAAGAAAAAAGACGAGUAAAUAAAUAGACAUUUCCUCAAAAAAUUUUAAUUAAAAGUUCAAAUACAUUAAAUACAUACUUACAAAACGUGACAUCUGUAACAUCAAAGCUAUUUAAGAAUAAAGUUUUUCUGUGUUUGUUUGUUUUCAGGCUUUGGGUAGAUAAUUUUAUCAGGCAUUAGAUAGGCUAGCUGCUAUCAGCGCAUUUAGAGUGCAGUUAAUGGACUUUCUUGCUAUUAUCAAUAUCAACAAUCUUGUAAGGUUAUUUUAAUAAGGGAAGGCCGGAUAAGCUACAAGACUACCUUAAUCUUAGACACGCAAUAGAUCAUUUUCGAUUUAUUAAAAUUCAGCCUAAAACAAUAGACCUCAGUACGAGGCUCUGGGAAAUAACUACAGAGUUUGUGGGGUU